CAAAUGUUUUUCAUUAUCUUGUAUGAUAGAAGGUGUUUAUUCAUUGCCAUCAAGCGUCUGAAGAUGUGACUAUGAAAAGCGGAACUAUUACGUAUUUGGUUCCACACGAGUAAAUAAUCAGUGAGCACACAGCAACAGCGCGGAGAUGGCAGCCUUCCGGUCGGUGGCCCAAAGAAGAUUGCGUCAAACACUUCCUGUGGCCUUGGCGCCGCGCCGCCUCACCAGCUCCUUCAAGGCCGUCGACCUCAACAUCGAGCGCAACCCAAAAUGCUCGCCCAAGCCCGACCCGUCCACGCUGGUGUUCGGGAAGCAGUUCUCGGACCACAUGCUGACCGUAUGCUGGUCGGCUGACGCCGGCUGGGAGGCGCCCUGUAUCAAACCCUUCCAGAACCUUUCGCUGCAUCCGGCCAGCUCUGCUCUGCACUACUCCAUUGAGCUGUUUGAAGGCAUGAAGGCGUUCCGGGGCGUGGAUGACCGCGUGCGUCUCUUCCGGCCAAUGCUCAACAUGGAACGCAUGCAUCGCAGCGCUGCCCGCAGCUGCCUGCCCACCUUUGACAAAGGUGAACUGCUGGAGUGCAUCAAGAAGCUGGUGGAGUUGGACAAGGAAUGGGUUCCAUACUCCCAGGAUGCCAGCCUCUACAUCCGCCCCACCUUCAUCGGUACCGAACCGUCAUUGGGUGUGACUCGGGCCAGCCAAGCUUUGCUGUACGUAAUCGUGGGCCCGGUGGGACCGUACUUCGCCACGGGCUCCUUCAACCCAGUGUCGCUGCUGGCCGACCCGUCGUUCGUGCGUGCCUGGAAGGGAGGAGUCGGCGCCUACAAGAUGGGAGGAAACUACGGUCCAACCAUCGCAGUUCAGAAUGAGGCAGUUGAGCGCGGCUGCCAGCAGGUUCUGUGGCUCUACGGCGACGAUGAGGAGAUCACCGAGGUCGGCACCAUGAACCUCUUCAUCUACUGGACCAACCAAAAUGGAGAGAGAGAGUUGGUGACGCCGCCUCUGGAUGGCAUCAUCCUUCCCGGAGUCACCAGACACUCUCUGCUGGAUCUGGCCCGAACCUGGAACGAGUUCCAAGUGACGGAGCGCACGAUGAGCAUGAAGGAGCUGUUGGGAGCUCUGGACACCGGCCGGGUUCUGGAGGUGUUUGGUGCCGGCACUGCCUGCGUGGUGUGUCCCGUGGGGAGCCUCCUCUACAAGGGCCAGAUGUACGACAUCCCAACCAUGCAGAAUGGACCCGACUUGGCCAAGAGAUUCUACAAAGAACUCACCGAUAUUCAGUAUGGACGCAAGGCCAGUGAAUGGGCGCCUGUGGUGGCCUAAAAAAUUUUUUUGCACAAGCCAGUAGAAUAAAGUUACAUCCCAUAAUUCCACUUUGGACCACCAGUAAUCCCCCUCUUCCCUCUCUCUCAUCGUACAUAUCUAAAACCACUAAUGCACUCCUGCCACUCCACAAAGAGACUGUAGCCAGUGGUCUUGGAAUAUGAACUGUAUCCAACAACACAGCUCAACUUUAUGAAUAGACUGUCAUAUAUAAAUAUAGUAUAUAGCACAAUGUUUAUCCUUCUAAACAUGGUAGUUGUAGCUCACUGAUGAGCUGCGUUGCAGGGUGCGGGUCUUUUUUUUAACUUUCUCUAUGGGUGGAUGAAAGGGGCCAUUUUGCACUCAAAGCCUGGUCGGACAAGCGGCUACACAGAAAAAGGCCCAAAUGGAAAUUAGUUUGAGCAAAUGAUGGCCGCCUGCAUUGCUUUGUAUCUCGUUUUCAUGUUUUUAAAUGAUUGAUUGUCUGAAGGGAGUUAAACGGUCUUCAGUGUGCCCUGGUCAAGUGCCUGCUGACCACCACUGGUUGGUCAGCGCAUCUUCUGCCUAUUAUUCUCCAUGAAAUGAAAUGUCCCUUUUCUCUUUUUGUAUGUGCUGUUUACGUCUAGUCGCAAUAUUUUUACAUUAAAGCCCAUUUGAGUCCA